AUGUCGAAGCAACUGAAGCAGCAUUUGAUUCGUCGGAACAACAUUUUGGGUUCCCUAAAGUUGAUUCACCAUUAUGACGAUAAUUUUGUGUUCGAUAGGGAUUUCCCCCAACUCAAAUUUCGCCUCGAGAAACUGGAUCAUCUUUGGGAUGAAUUCAACGAGGUGCAAGAUGAAAUUGAGUUUAGCCAACCCUUGACCGACGAGCCUGACGCUGUUAGGACUCAAUUUGAAAACGACUACUUUGAGCUGAAGGGAGCUCUUUCGUCGAAAUUGGAAAUCGCCACCCAGAACACUCACGCGCCUCCCUCCCCCAUUGCUCCACCUGCAUUUCAUUCCUCCGUCCGGCUCCCCGAAUUGAAAAUCCCUGAUUUCCACGGGGAUUAUGAUGAGUGGUUGAACUUUCACGAUCUGUUCAACUCACUUAUUCAUUCGAACCACCAUUUGUCGUCGGUGCAGAAGUUUCAAUAUUUGAAAUCUGUGCUGAAAGGGGAUGCUGCGCGGCGCAUCCAGAAUUUGGAUGUGAACACGGCUAACUACACGCUCGCGUGGAACAUUGUGAAGAAAAAGUACGAUGAUAAGAAUCUGCUCCUGAAACAGCACUACAUGGCGCUGUUAUCUAUUCCUUCUGUUCACAAAGAGUCGUCGACAGCGCUCUCGGAACUCGCUGACGAAUUUGAUAAGCGCGUUGGCGUGCUUAACAAGCUUGAAGAGUCCAAAGAUCACUGGAACUCGUUCCUCGUCACCCUUCUCAGCAUCAAGCUUGAUCCUGGAACCCAGACGGCGUGGGAGCACAGCUUGGAGGACGACCAGAAAUCUACUUACCCUGAUCUGAUUGCUUACAUCCUCAAGCGCUCUCGCACGUUACAAUCUCUAAAGCUCUCCCAAACUUCGCAACACGGCACAAAACCCGAACCCAAGGUCGAACACAAAUCCACUCGCUCGAAGACCUCAGCGUACCACUCUACCAACACUAGUGAUACGCUAUCCCAGUGCAAGCUGUGCAAGCAAGAGCACAUGCUGCACCAGUGCGAUGAAUUUAAGAAGCUUUCGCCACAAAACCGCUUCGACAUUGCCAAAAAGCACGGUCUCUGCUUGAACUGCUUAAAGGCAAGCCAUAUGAUGAAAGCAUGCACUGCGGGUUCGUGCCGAACGUGUAACAAACGCCACCACACACUGUUACACCUGAACACAGCUGCCGCCGACAAACCAACGGCCUCAGCUGUACAAGUUGCCCACUGUCAACAAUCCUCACGAUUGGCUUCGGUCGUCGAGUCUCCGUCGUCGGUUACGUACACUGCCGAGCAGUGUCACGUGGUCCCUCGGGAAAUGGGAUCGGCCCCGUCGCCGUCGGUUGGGCAAUGUCUUUCGCGUUCGUUCGUUCCGUCGUCGGUCUCGCACGCAGUACCGUCAGGGUCUCACAACUCGCAAGUGACUCACAGCCAAGCAGUCACUCAAACCCACUCGUUCGUCUCGAAGGCUGGUCAAGCUGUCGUCUUUAUGCUGACCGCCUACGUUAGGGUGAUGUGUGCAGAUGGCACACACAUCCAUGCUCGAGCCCUGUUGGAUUGCGCCUCUGAAGCAAAUUUCGUGACCGAAUCUCUCGCGCAGGCUCUGCGGUCGAAACGCAAACCCGCAAACGUCGAUGUGUACGGUAUCAGUCAAACUGUCAAGAAAGUGAAGCACCAAACCACAAUCCCUGUUUCGUCUCGUGUGGGCCCGUACACCACAAGCAUGGACUUUCUGAUUCUGCCCUCCCUAACCAGAAUCCUUCCCACUACCAACGUGGAUGUUUCGAAGUGGGUCAUUCCUCGCCACCUCCCACUUGCCGAUCCAAAAUUCAACAUCGCUCAUGACGUCGACAUGAUCAUUGGCGUCAAGCACUUUUUCGCCAUCCUGCAGGGUGAACAACUUUCGAUUGGAUCUGGCCUACCAACACUACGCAACACUGUCUUUGGAUACGUCGUCGCUGGCGACACGGAUGCACCUGCACAACAAUCCGUAACUUGCAACGUUACUGCUGUCGAACGGCUGGAAGCUGCAGUUCGCAAGUUCUGGGAGGUGGAGAGCUUUGAGACAGGGAAGGCCCUGUCCCUCGAGGAACGGUAUUGCGAGAAUCAUUUUGUAAAGACCCACACUAGAGCCCCUGACGGUCGGUACGUGGUUCGUCUGCCAAUUCGUGAGGAGUUGCGAUCUAGUUUGGGAGAGUCGAUUGCGGUCGCUCAACGCAGAUUCUUUAGUACUGAGAGGAAGUUCACGUCGAACCCGGAGCUGAACAAGGAGUACUCAAAGUUCAUGGCGGAGUACGAACAGCUCGGGCAUAUGGAAGAGGUCACUCCAGAUCUCAGCAAGCCUCACUUCUACCUUCCUCACCACGCGAUCCAGCGACCAGAGAGCACAACAACAAAAACCAGAGUGGUCUUUGAUGCUUCGUGUAGAUCGUCAAACAACAUCUCGCUCAACGAUCUAUGCUACAUUGGACCUACGGUGCAACCACCACUCUUGGACACCAUUCUGCGAUUUCGUCUGCCAAAGUACGUCGUCACUGCCGACGCGGAGAAAAUGUACAGGCAGGUACUCGUCCAUCCGGACGAUCGGCCGUUGCAGCAGAUUCUAUGGCGAUCUACCCCGAACGAAGACCUGAAGACGUAUCAGUUGAACACUGUUACCUACGGUACCGCCCCCGCGCCGUACCUCGCAACCCGCGUCCUGAACCAGCUGGCCGACGACGAGGCAGAAAACUACCCCCUCGCUGCUCCUCAAGUCAAGCGAUCGUUUUACGUGGACGACUACUUAUCGGGUGACAACGACGAGAACCGCUUGAUGGAAACUAAUCGUCAACUCAUCGGACUUCUUGGAUCUGGCGGUUUCACCAUGCGCAAGUGGUGCAGCAACAGCUCUCGCGUUCUGUCUCACAUCCCCGAGGAACUCCGAGAUCCCCGAACCGAGUUGGAGCUCAGCGAAUCCGGAUCGAUCAAGACGCUCGGCCUUCUGUGGCAGCCGGUGCCUGACCACCUCAGCUGCAAGGUUCCCGAAUACAACUCGACGGAGCCAAUCACGAAGGCACUCAUUCUCUCGGAAUUGUCGCAGCUGUUCGACUCAACUGGUAUGGCAGGACCAGUCAUUGUUCGAGCAAAAAUGUUUCUCCAAUCGCUGUGGGAAAAGAACUUCGGGUGGACCCAAGAGCUGCCAGAGGAGUAUCAAGAAUGGUGGAAGCAGUACAGAAUCGAAAUUCGCGUCCUCAGCAUGCUCAAAAUCCCUCGCCGAGUUCUAAUAGAUCACUCAGUGGUCAUCGAGCUGCAUUGUUUCUCGGACGCGUCCGACAAAGCGUACGGCGCGUGUGUCUACGUGAAGUCAACCAACUCGUACGGCAGGUCGAAGGUCAACCUGCUUAUUUCGAAAUCUCGCGUCUGCCCUAGGCGCAGAUUAACGAUCCCCCGUCUCGAGCUGUGCGCAGCUCUGCUGGGGGCCCAACUGACCGCAGCUGUCCUGGAAGCCACCAACCUGAGCUGUCCAGUGGUCUACUGGUCCGAUUCUGCGAUCGUCUUGCAUUGGAUUGCGUCAUGCUCAUCAACCUGGAAGGUGUUCGUCUCGAACCGAAUCGCAGAAAUUCAACGCCUCACGCAGGGCAUGCCCUGGCGUCACAUCCCAACCCACCUGAAUCCAGCAGAUCUUAUUUCUCGGGGACUUCUUCCUUCAGAGCUGGUUGGAUGUGUAUUGUGGGAGCACGGACCAGAGGUCAUCGAGCUGUCCUCUUCGCAUUGGCCCCAAAACUGCAUUGAACUCUCACCAUUACACAUGCAGGCUCGUGACGACGAAGCACGCCAAACUGUGUCGGUGCUCACAACAAGCUCUCUCGAGGAUCGCAUCCAAAUCGAAGAUCAUUCCGCACUCUUGCCCCUGCUCCGCUCAGUCUCUUGGAUUCGGAGAUUCACGGACAACUGUCGCAGCCGUCCCGAAGAACGACGAAAUGGUUUUCUAAAGUUUCGAGAAAUUGACGACACACUCAAGCUGCUCAUCACACUGACGCAGCGCACCCACUUCGCUCAGGAAAUCAAGCAUCUUCUCAAAAAUCCCGGCCCAGUCCGUAAAGACUUCGAUUUCAAAUCCCAAAUCAAGACCUUGAAUCCCUUCAUCGACCCGGAGGGUCUGCUCAGAGUGCACGGCCGGUUGGAAAACAGCAGCUUACCGUUCGACACCAAGUACCCCAUAAUUUUGCCCGCCAAAGCACAUCUGACGCAUCUGAUCGCCAAAAACACCCACUGGGAUACUCUACACUCGGGUCCACAACUGCUGCUAUCGACGCUACGUCAGCGCUACUGGCCGGUCAGGGGGCGAGAUGUUGCGAGGAGAGUCGUCAACGAGUGUCUGGACUGCUUCCACUGCAAGCCAAGAAGCAUUGACCAGAUGAUGGGGCCUUUGCCAGCAGCUCGUCUCGUUCCGUCGCGCGCGUUCGUGAGCAGUGGUGUCAACUACUGCGGGCCGUUCGCCGUAAGGCCACCGAAUCGUCGCGGCGCGUCCGUCAAAGUAUUCGUCGCGAUCGUCGUCUGUAUGUGGUCGAAAGCGGUACACAUCGACAUGGUGUACGACCUCACGUCCGCGUCGUUCAUAAACGUCCUAAAGCGCCUCGUUGGACGUCGCGGCCGCGUGACCGACCUCUACUGCGAUAACGCCCGAACGUUCGUCGGGGCUAAUCGCCACCUGGAGGAACUGCGCCGAGCAUUCGAUGCGAUGCACUCGUCGGAUGCAGUCGCCGCUCACUGCGCAGAGAAGGGGAUCACCUUCCACUUCAACCCUGCCCGAUCGCCGCACCACGGAGGGCUGUGGGAGGCCGCUGUUAAAAGCUUCAAACAUCACCUCUACCGCGUGAUGAAGGAUACGCUGCUCACCAUUGACGAUUUCAACACCCUGAUCGUCCAAAUCGAAGGCGUCCUCAAUUCCCGACCCCUUACUCCUCUUUCCUCCGAUCCCACUGACGUGGUUGCCCUCACUCCUGGGCACUUCCUCGUCGGAGAACCGCUGUUCUCCAUCCCUGAGCCCGAUCUGUGCGACAUUUCUAUUAAUCGGCUCAACUCUUUCCAGAAGAUGCAACAAAAGCUCCAGCAUUUCUGGAGAGCAUGGUCGCGCGACUACAUCGGCCACUUCCAAAACCGCAAGAAAUGGCCCGUGGUCCGCCCAAACAUCGAAGUCGGCACGAUGGUUCUCCUAAAGCAGGACAACGCUCCUCUAAUGCGCUGGAAGCUGGGCCGGAUCGAGGCGGUGUUCCCCGGCAAAGAUGGGCUCGUUCGUGUGGUGGAUGUCCGCACGGCGCACGGCACGUAUCGGCGUGCAAUCACGGAGGUCUGUCCGCUGCCCAUCGAGCAACCCAGCGAGGAACCAUCCGAGCAGCCAUCCGACCUACCAACCGACACAGCUGUCCAACCAUCCCACUGA